AUGGCUAUAACUUUUUCACCAGACACCCGAUCAGGAGUUGACGAGCGGCUGCCCAUUGCACUAUUAGGAUACAUAUCAGGAACCUCACAACAGAUUGUAUCAUCUAUUGCCAUCUCACCAGAUUUGUAUAGAGAAGAACUCAACAUAAUUUCGUCUCUAUCGGGAGAUGAAGGAGGACUUCUUUUUCUGCCCAAAGUCUCCUGGUCAGGACUCACUGAGAGAACUUCAACUCUUUCAAGACCAGACUCCACGGUGAGUAGUCGUGUUGGUAGCCACAGUCUCGAUACGCUCCUCCAUGAAAAGCUGAUGGAGUCUACAAAGGGUUUUAAGGAAAAGAAUGAGAUGCAUUUCGUUCUUUCAUCAACAGAUCAGUGUAACGCUUUAGACACGCUCCAGCACCACCAACAUCAAACCUGUGUUGAAGAUGGCAUACUUGUCAAGAAGAAACAGGCGAGGAGGAGGCCUGCUUUCUUCAUAGGAAUCCCUUAUGAAUCGAGUAUGAUGAAUGAUCCGUCUGGGAAAGAAAUGCUCUCUCGAUGGAAGGGAUCUCAGUCUCGAGCUGCUGAACUCGACUCAUUAAACCAUGACCUCUUGCGGCAGUCGCUAUAA